UCAGCAUGAGACAGAAACGGGUGAAAGGUGUCCUGACUGUGGCAGUAUAUAACACACCAGCUGGCCACAUGAAGUAGAGGUUUAUGCCAGAAGAAUGAUGAAUGUAAACAGAUUUGUUGUCUUGUCAAGAUCUGUUCGACUUGGACAGCGGCUGCUCGCCUGUAAUGUGAGGCAUGCUGGGGAAGAAGGACUCCCCCGCCAGCAGCGGAGGUCCAUUAAAACACACUCGAGAAACUUCGCUUACGCCAAGGAUUUGUUCCUCGGUCAGGUUAACAAGGAGGAGGUCUUCCCUUAUCCAGAAAUUGGAAAUGAAGAAGUGGAGGAGCUCAACCAGCUUGUUGCACCCGUUGAAAAGUUCUUCAAUGAAGAAGUUGAUUCAGCAAAGAUUGACCGAGAGGCCAGAAUCCCUCCAGAGACUUUGAACGGGUUGAAGGAGCUGGGGCUGUUUGGCAUCAUGAUUCCUGAGGAGUAUGGGGGUCUCGGAUUGUCCAACACCGUAUAUGCACGGCUGGCAGAGGUCACGUCCUUAGAUGGCUCUAUUGCUGUGACACUGGCUGCACAUCAAGCCAUUGGACUGAAGGGGAUUCUGAUCGCAGGCAAUGAAGCCCAGAAGCUGAAGUAUCUGCCCAAACUGUCUUCAGGAGAACACAUCGCAGCGUUCUGUCUGACCGAGCCUGGCAGUGGAAGUGAUGCAGCCUCCAUUCAGACCCGCGCAACCCUGUCAGAAGACGGAACGCAUUACCUGAUCAGUGGCUCCAAGAUUUGGAUUUCAAACGGAGCCAUUGCAGAUAUUAUGACCGUGUUUGCCAGGACGGAGGUGGUUGUAGAUGGCGUGAUGAAAGAUAAGAUUUCAGCAUUUAUCGUAGAGAGGGCUUUUGGGGGCGUCAGCAGCGGCAAGCCUGAGGACAAACUGGGCAUCCGGGGCUCCAACACUUGUGAAGUGUCCUACGACAACGUCCCCGUGCCAGUGGAGAAUGUAAUAGGAGAAGUAGGUGGUGGAUUCAAGAUUGCCAUGAACAUCCUGAACUCUGGGCGAUUCAGUAUGGGCAGUUCUUCAGCUGGAAUGAUAAAAAAACUAAUCGAAAUGACCUCCGAGUACGCUGCAACCAGAAAGCAGUUCAGCAAAAGCCUGGCGGAGUUUGGUAUGAUUCAGGAGAAGUUUGCAUUGAUGGCUGUGAAUGCCUUUGUGAUGGAGAGCAUGGCGUACCUGACGGCGGGGAUGAUGGACAGACCGGGGCUUCCAGACUGUUCUCUUGAAGCUGCCAUGGUUAAGGUGUUCAGCUCAGAGGGAGGCUGGAUCUGUGUCAGUGAAGCUCUUCAGGUCCUCGGAGGUCUGGGUUACACAAAGAACUACCCCUACGAGCGCUUCGUCAGGGACUGUCGCAUCCUGCCUAUCUUUGAGGGUACCAAUGAAAUCCUGAGGAUGUACAUCGCUCUCACUGGAAUGCAGUAUGCUGGCAAAAUCCUCACAGGGAAGAUAAAGGAGAUGAAGAAAGGAAAUAUUGGUAUGGCUUUGGGCAUGGUGGCCACCAAACUAAGGAACUCAUUCAAAAGUACGGCAGACUUCGGCCUGACGGGAAAAGAUGGAGUUCUGCAUCCCAGCUUGACGGAGAGUGCAAAGCAGAUGGAAGAGAAUGUCAGCCUUUUUGGAUCGACUGUGGAGAGUCUGCUCUACAGAUAUGGAAAGACUAUAGUGGAUGAACAGCUCGUCCUGAAGAGAGUAGCAGAUGUGCUGAUCAACCUCUACGCAAUGACGGCUGUCCUGUCCAGGACCAGCCGCUCCAUCAGCAUCGGGCUCAGGAAUCACGACCAUGAGGUGCUGCUCGCAAACACAUUCUGCAGCGACGCUUUCUUCAAGAACAAUUACAUGUUGACUCAGUUGCAAAAACACUCUCCUGAGAACAACGACGCCAACAUCAAGAAGAUCGCCAAGGAGGUGUUGGACAACAGAGCCUACGUCUGCGCUCACCCUCUUGAGAGAACAUACUGAGCUCUCCCAUGUGACAGUAAUACUGUGACUACUCCUAUUCUGAUUGGACAAUAUGGACCAGUCCAAUUCAGUCUAUACUCUUCUUUUACUUGGGUUGACAUUGGUCAGUUGAUUAAUAAAUUAAGAGAUUUAUAUAAGUAGUUACUGUAUUUUAUUAACCAUGGCUUCAAAGAUAACACCUUUUAUAGAUCUUUGCCAAAUGGCCAUGUCUCGUCUGAUGGCAUUAUGAGUUUUAUUCAAAAUGCUCUUCAAGUAUGGCGCUGGACAGUUGAUGCAUGUGUCUUCAUGACGUCAGAAGCAGGACAGUGCACUUGUACAGGAAAGACUGCUGCUUGUUGAAUCCACUGUAAGAAGAAACGGAACACAUAUGAACAAAACCCUUUCAUGAGUAUCUGUUGAGUUUCCUUUUGAAUAAAGAGUAAAUCAAACUAA